UUAUGCUCAAUUUCUGAGAUACGAAUAAGAAACAACAUCAAACUAUUUCAAAAUUAAAAAUUUUAAAUUAAGUUUUUUAAAUAUUUAAAGAGAUGAAUUUCUUAUAAAUCUAAUCUUCAUUUUUAAUAAUUAAAUUUUUAUAUUUUUAAUUCAAAUUUGUUUAUUAAUAAUAAUAUAACAUUUACUCAUCAUUAUAUAGUUACAUGAUUAUUAUUAAUUUCAUAGGUGUUCUUACUUAUAACACAAUAUGAUAUCUAUAAAAAUGUUACCUUUAUUAGAAGGUACAAAAUUAAUUGUUCUUGAUGAAGGAGUAAAUGCAACAUAUGCAAAAAUACUAAUUGCAGGAUGGAUACAAAUGUGGAAAGAGAAUGAUGCUAAUCGUGUAUUCAAUUUGUUAUUGUUUUCUAAUCCAAAAUCUUCAUAUCAAAAUGAACACAAAGUUUUUACAUCAAGUAACAUACAUAUUUCUGAUUAUUAUACAAUUAAUAUUAAUGAAUUUGAUACAAAUAAUAUUGCUGAAAAAGAUUUUCAUAGAUUAGAAUAUAUUUUAAAAACUACAAAUGCAAAAUCUACAGUAAUUAUUGAUUGUUUGACAUCUUUAAUUUUAUUUAUUGGUUUAUCAAAAACUAUGUGGUUUUUAAAGAAAUUAAGCAAACAAGUAUCACAAGUAAUUUGUAUUUAUAAACGUGAUUUUGUACAAAUUAAAGUACCUUGCAUUGAAACAUUAGGAAGUACAUAUAUAAAAAUACAGAAAUUUUCUAAUUUAACGAUAAACAAGAAUUUUAAUUAUAUAGUAGAAUUUGUACAUCGUAAAAUAAAUGGAGGGAUUUUGAAACAACAGGAAAUAGUAAAUCAAAAUAUCAUUUCUUAUGAAAUUCAAUCACAAAAACUUGAACGAAGCAAAAAAUUAGAUUCAGAAUGCGAGAAGUUGAAUCAAAUCGAAUCUUCAUUCAGGUUAGAGAUAAGUGAAAAUGAAAUAAAACAGAAAAAGAAAAUAAUAUUACCAUACAUAUUUAAUCCAAAUAUAAAUAUAUCUAAAAUUAAUUAUCAACCAGAGGAUGUAGAUGAUAUUGAUGAGGAAGAUCCAGAUGAUGAUUUAUGUUUCUAAUUUAUUUAUAUUUUUUCUUCCUAUUAAUAUAUAUUCAAAUUAUAAAAUUAAAAAA